AUGGGAAUUUGUGGGAAAAUGCUUGGCAAUAUGGAAAUGAAACCAAUUUCCAUUUCCAAAGGCAACAGCAAAGUGGUGAAGCUUAUUGUUGAAAAAUUCUUCAAUAAUGUCAAUAAUGAAAAAGCACUUAAAUCUUCCAUUGAAAUGGAGAACACCAACUACGAGGAGGAGCUGAAGAAUGAUCGCAGGCUUGUUUGCAGUCUCAUAUACGAGAUUAAUUGCAGAAAAGAACUGUUGUCCCAAAUGGAACGUGAAUAUAACGAGAUGACCUCAACUCUUCGAGGACUCAUCAAUGGCCUCAUAGCAAAAAUUAACUCCAAGGACAGUAAUCUGUGGGGUUGGGAGCUUCAAUAUAAUGUAACCGUGAGACAGUUGAAGGGCAAGAAUGCUGCGUUGCGCCUUGCAUUUGCUGAAGCCAUGAAAUCAGUUCUAAAAUCCCUUGCAAACUCAACCUUCCUUGUUCUUUUCAUCAUCUUUUCAUCUUCUACUCCACUUGUAUUGGCUCAAUGUGAAGCAGAGACCAAGACUAAUGGAUGCCAUAACUACAGAGAAUCCAUGAAGCUAAAAAUCAUUGCCAUUGUCGCAAUUUUACUAUCCAGCAUGAUUGGCGUGUGUCUGCCAUUGUUUUCUGGUCAGGUUCCGUCACUUAAACCCGACAGGGACUUGUUCACCAUUGUCAAGGCAUUUUCCUCCGGUGUUAUUCUAGCGACUGGGUACAUGCACGUGCUACCGGAUUCUUUUAACGACCUUAUGUCCGGGUUUUUGCCUGAAAACCCAUGGAGGAAGUUCCCUUUCACAACCUUCGUCGCAAUGCUGUCGGCUGUGUUGACCCUUAUGGUGGAUUCAUUUGCAAUGAGUGUAUACAAGAAACGUUGCGGUAAAGCUUUAAUGGCGGAUGCUAACAAUGGUGGUGGAUUGGAAAAUACGAACGUUGUACAAGUCGAUAAUUUUGAACACGGCCAUAGCCAUUCACUUGAGAUGAAUGACGACGUAUCAUCACAAUUGUUAAGGCAUCGAGUUAUUGCUCAGGUAUUAGAGUUGGGAAUUGUAGUUCAUUCAGUGGUGAUUGGCCUUGCAAUGGGAGCCUCUGGCAACCAAUGCACCAUUCGAUCACUCAUUGCUGCCCUUUGCUUCCAUCAAGUGUUUGAGGGGAUGGGACUUGGUGGAUGCAUACUGCAGGCUGAAUAUGAGAUAAAAAUGAAAGCAAUCAUGGUAUUCUUCUUUUCAGCCACAACGCCACUUGGAAUAGUUCUGGGAAUUGGUUUGUCCAAGGUUUACAGUGAGACGAGUCCAACUUCACUUAUGGUGGUGGGACUACUUAAUGCUUGCUCAGCAGGGUUGCUGAAUUACAUGGCACUGGUUGAUCUCCUUGCAGCUGAUUUUCUGGGCCCUAAGCUUCAAACAAAUAUGAAGCUCCAGGCUUGGUCAUAUGUUGCAGUUUUACUUGGUGCUGGAUUUAUGUCUUUGAUGGCAAAAUGGGCUUAGUCAUUUCAACAUAUACAUGUCUUUUUGUAUUUUUUUAAUCUUCUUUUU